AAUGGCGGAUAGCAACGAGACUCGUGAACGGCAAAGAGAAUUGGAAGAGAAAAAGCGAAGGCUAGAUGAACUUAGAGCUGCAAAACUUUCAAGGCAAAGGAUUGAUGGAAGAGCUUCUUUGAUGAUUGACACAAAAAGAGCAAAGACGAUGACACCUGCAGAGCUUAGAGCAAUGUUGGACAGUGUUGGAAUUGAAUCCAAACUUAGGGAAGAAGCUCCAAGUGAUCCAAGCAGUACUAAUUCUACUUCUCGAGAAUGCAAUGGAGUCCUUUAUUUGGAAAAUCACAUUGGAAAUAAUGCUUUGAACGCAAAUGCUCGUGUAAAACGUCCUCAGAAUUUGUCAAUAAUUCCAGCUCAAUCAAUUUCGAUUAAACAACCGAGGACAGAAUGCCUCCAAUAUUGCAAAACUACCCAAACUGAUGAUGAAAAAAAAUCUGAUGGCGAAUUUAGUAUGGGCUCACAAGAAUUUGCUUUUGAUGAUGAAGUGUCGAUCGAUGAAGGGGCUGGACUUCAAAUUGGAAGUUUUGAUGAAUCUCCAACUAGAGAGAUUAGGAAGCAUCUUAAUAAUUUGCAGUUUAAUAAUCAUGGACAACAUUUCAAAUCUUUCAACAAAAAAGACACUACAGAUGAUCAUACAAGCAUAACAUUAGCAACUUGUACAAAAAUGCCUCCUCUAAGCGAUGAGGAAAAAAGGAAAAUUUUAAGCAGUAGCGAUUUUUCUCGAUUCUUUUCUCAAGCAUCACGAGUCAUUGAAAGAGCGUUGGCUGAAGAAGCCGAUAUUUUUGUUGAUUACAUAAAUGGAACACAUGGAUCUGGAACAGACGAUAAAAUAGAUAAUCGAGAAAUGUUGACUUUUAAUAGAAAAAUUUUUGAUGAAAAAACAACAGCAAAUAGAGCAGUUAGAGCAAUCGAUUUUUCUUCAAUACAUGCAGAAUUAAUGGCUGUUUCCUAUGAUUUAAAUAGAGAAGCGCCUCUGGCACCUGACAGUAUUAUUAAUUUGUGGACUACGAGGUUUAAGACUUCUACUCCAGAAGCCACAUUCACCAGCUCUUCACGCGUGAUGAGUUUGACAUUUGACCCUUUCAAAGACAAUAUAAUUAUUGGUGGCUGCUAUUCUGGACAAAUAUGUAUAUGGGAUGUUCGAGUUAAUAAAAAGAUGCCUGUUUAUAAGACUUCCCUUUCUUCAACCGCUCAUACACAACCGGUGCUUUGUAUGCGUAUGGUAGGCUCAACAAACGCUCAUGAUUUGGUUACUGUUUCAACAGACGGGCGUUUAUGUUCUUGGAAUAUUGAUAAUAUGCAACAACCAAUUGAUUCUCAUAAUUUAAUGUGUCCAAAAACUAAAAAACAGAUGUCAGCUUUGUGUAUGUCAUUUGCUCAUGGCAGUAUUAAAGAUUUAGUGUUAGGGGAUGAAGAUAAUCAGUUAUAUAUUGUUGAUAGACAUAUUAAAGAUACUUGUAAAAGCAUUCCAGCUCAUUCAAUGCCUAUUACCACAGUUGAUAUGCACAGAGCAAAAGGUCCAAUCGACUUUUCUAGUCUCUGCUUAACUGGUUCUUUGGACUUUAGUAUUAAAUUAUGGGAUUUGAAGGAUUUAUCAAAAUCUGAGCCUUUAUUGUGUGUGGAGCGAAAACAUAAAUUUUAUAUUACCGAUGUUCAAUGGUCGCCAGUUCAUCCAGCAGUGUUUGCCUCUCUUUCAUCCGAUGGAACUCUAAAUUUGUGGAAUUUAAAUAAAAAUACUGAAAAUCCGUUAACUUCAUUGGAUAUUGGUGUGUCUACCUCAAGGUUGCAUUGGUCGCGUAAUGGCCAACAAUUAAUAAUUGGGGACAGUUCUGGUUGUUUACAUAUUUAUGAUGUUAAUGAAAGUCUUUAUAAUGUUCGGCCUGGAGAAUGGGAAGAUUUUGAAAGGACAAUCAAGGAGGACUUGGCUUUUAGGACAGUAAAAGAGGAUUUGGGAAAAGUGGAUGGUUUAGCUAUGGCACCUGUUUAA